CAAGAUGGAGGCCAAGAGUGUAAACAUUCUGAAAAGCAUGAAAACUGAAGUGAAAAACAAAGUUGUGCUGCACCGGCCUCCAUCUGGAAAGCCAUCGGGUAGUUCGUCCAAUCAGCGUAAUCGAAGAUUACGGAUGCCACUUCCUCCACAAAAUGAUGAGCAUGUGAAAGACACAACUAAGGCCAAAACAGGUGUGCCAGUUUCAUGUCCGUCCCCUCCCACACUUCCAAGGUCUCCAUCUCCAUUUGGAGUAGAACGCAUCCGACCACAAUCUGCAACUCCUAUUUUAUCCUCUUUAAAGACUGCUAGUGCUAGUGCUACAUGUACUCCUGAUAAUGAUAUUGCCAAAAAGCCUGAGAAAGUGUUCUUUUCUCCAGUGGUGGAAAUAUUAAAUCCUCCAACACCAAAAGUGUCAGCUUUUAAAGUGAACAAUUUACAGCUGGAUUUGGAAGAGAAGGGCCUACCAGUGCAGUCCCUUCCAGAAAAACCGCUUGUCAAAAAAUCGUGGGGAGAAACUAAUAUCGCAUUUGGACGGCAGACUGGUAACUCUGAUAUGAUGGAAAAGUUUCUGGAGAAUAGCAGCCAAUCUAAGCCAAAACCAAAACCUACCCGUCCUUCUAGUGCUCUUGCAUACAGUCAAACUCAAAACUUUGGUGCUUCUAACAGUGACAGUUUCUCUUUCAAAUCAUGCAAGGAAAGGCCUGCUUCUGCAGCAUUACCUAGAAAAAGCAGUUUAACUUGGACUGGAAGCAAUUCGGAAUCGGAUAAGACGGAAAAUGUGUUGGAGCCGUUUGUUUUUGGGUUCAAGUCAAAUAAGGUCAUAUGUGGAAGUGAAACAGAUCUGACCAGCGUAUCAACAACUGAUGAGUUUACACCUUACAAGAUGAGUGAACCUCCUGCAGAAGUCAUGAAUAAAGAGCCGGAAAUGACCAGUGUGGUCCAUCAAUGCAACAGGAAUGUUCCACAGACACUGCAUCCUCUAAUUCCAUGGUUAACAGAAGGUCUUCCUCUCCACUGGACGGGUAUGGACUCCUCUGAUUGUCUCAUGUUUAUCCCAUCACUACAACGCCACCAAGAUGACCUGCCUGUAGUCCCGGCUCCACAUGGCUUGACAGAUGAACUGCCCUAUAAAGAAAUUAUAUUGCCAAAAGAAACUUGGAAUCCCAAGAAAUACACGCACCCCAGUUUUAAAAAAGCCCCAGAAUGGCAAUGUAAACACAGUAAGACGGAAGUCCGCCUUUACAACAAAGAGGGAAUAUUACUUUACGAACGAUAUCAAGGAACAAGAACUAAAAAUGUUGUAAGGAAGGAAAUAGCAGAGUUAGAGAAGCUUAUGAAAGGUAUUGGAACUGAUGGUAGUGAUUGUAUGGUUGUCCAGCUACAAGCAGAUAUCACUCGAGUACGCAAAAUGGUUGAAGACACCCUCAAAUUGGCCGCUCACCCACUGUUCAAGAGGCCUGUUACUCCAGAGCCCACAGAUUAUUUUGGCUUGCGGAAGUUCUACCAGGAACACGAUGAGAUAAUGGAGGAGAUAAAGCAGCAGCAUUCGAUAUGUGUCCAGGAGUUGGCUCUGAUAGAGAACACAAUGGACUUAGACGAGGGACUGAAACACUUCAAUAAAGUAGUGACUCUAGCUGAAGCUGGUAUGAGUUGAUGUUGUAUCAAAAUGUACUCGUAGUCAAAGCACUUGUAGAACGAAAUGCAUCAGAAUACUUAGAGUGGAUCCAGGAUUCAGUCAAAGAGAGGGUACUUGGCUUAUCUGGUCAAUUUCUUUCAAAAUUUAUGUCAGAUUCGAAGAUUUCCUGAAAUUAUGGAAGCGGAGGCAUCACUCAGCUUGGAUCCUCUGAUGUAUGUCUCAGACAGAGCAUCAAUUGGUGAAAUGAAUGUACCGGUAGUCCAGUCUCUCUUGCAGUGGUUGUCAUUGAACAACUGAAUAUGCCCUGCUUGGUAUACUCCUUUGCAAAAUUUGAAUCAGGGCCACAAUUGGUAGAUAUUUCAUGGCUGUGCAUGCGUGUAAAUGAGUACUGUAGCCAGAGUCUGGUAUGUGGAUGCAGUGACCUGAGACAAAAUCUAGAAACUUCUGCCAAUUGUGACAAUUCAAAGUGCUCAAAGGAGUAUUACUGUAUUACAGUUGUAAUGAUAAAUCCUUUCCUUCCAUAUUCUGUGACCAUUAGCCAUGGAGAUGGUCUUCAGUCAACUAUCCACAAAGGCGUGUAAAACUUAAAAGAAGAGUGUGUGAAUUAGUAGGAUGUAUUC